AAGAACAGUACAACAAUCUUAUGGAACGAGCUAAGGAAGUUUAUAUCAGGACUUGCACAGCUUUCAAAGAAUGCGGUUUAUCACAAGUCCUUUUCUUCAACAGUUACGCGCGCUUGCUUCGAACAAAGCCUCAGCACGUACCUCGUGAAUGGACCUCGCAAUCCAUCAGUGACGUUUACGGGAUAGCCUUGAAUUUGUGCCGGAAAAAGUUAGGUAAACAUCCCGACACUGCGGCGACCUUACUAUUCUAUGGAUGGCAUCAGAAAAGUAUUAAUCUACUUCAGGAAGCAAUGGAACAUUUCCAAGAUUGCCUCGGGAAUCAUUUCAUGACUGCUCAAUGUCAUAAAUACAUUGCAGACUUUUAUUUUAGAUGUUACUUCCCUGACGAAAAUCGCGCUGAUAUUGAAAAAUGCUUUGAACAUUACGAAGCUGCACUGACUAUGAUGGAGAAUCUUGGUGUGGGUGAUCACAAGGAGAGUAUUUUAACCCUAAGAAAGUACGCACUUUGUCACCAAAAGAAAGACAACUAUAAAGAAGCCAUCAAUAUCCUUACGAAAGCAAAAGAAGUCGCUGAGACUGAAUUAGAAGAGGAUCACAAAUGGAAGGUUAUGAUUGAAACUCAGUUGGCUCUUCUACAUGAAUGCAUUGGAAAUGUAAAAGAAGCGAAAGAAAUUAUGAGUAAAGCACUUGAAAUGAAUGAACGACUAAACCAAGCAUUAAAUCAGCUAUCAAACAAAAAAGAGAUCAAAGAAUUCCUUGACCGUCAUCCAGAGCUCAACUGAAUUCUUAUGAGACCGUACUUGCGUUGAUGAUGUUGACAGAUAGAGAUCUCUGACCACAGUUAAUAGAACCCUGACAUGGUUUUCGUCUAAAUACAUGAACUGCAACGGAAGUUUAACUGCAGUCGCCGGAGUAUAAACGGCGAACUCUGAGUAUUAGACCGAAUUCGUUUUAAGAGUCUAUACAAGCGUUAAUAAAUGAGAAAAUGCCUUAUUCAAGGUCUGUAAUAGCCUCUAGAUAGAGAGGCUGAGAUUUUGUUUCAAACGUUUCCGUUUAUGCAACUGAUGAGGUCGUCCACCGACAUAGUAAUGACCGUGACGUUCCUGCAAUGAUAGUCUAUUAGAUUAAAUUUCCAUGAUGUGAGAUUUGUGACUCGCUUCUACUUGGGUCAAAUACCUGUUCAUUUCCGUCUAACUACUGAAUUUUCCAUCUCAUCAAUAUAAAAAUUAAGAUAAAUAUCCUACACUAAAUACGUUUAACAUUCUUAAACGAAAGAGUGUUAAAUUGGAUCGAGUUUCAAGAUAUCAUAUAACUUCUAGCUUCUACUAACUAAAUCUAAACUGAAUGAUCGAGUAACAAUCCGAAAUGGCUUUGUUCAAUACUCCUUGUACGAGCAGUCUAACAAACUAUUUUGCAUGAAAUACUUCGGCCACAUCGUGAGAAUGUUUGUCGACGCGAAUGCUUUAAAUUAAAGAACUUUAUUGACUGUUGAA